CUUGAUGACACGGUCAACAAUAUGGCGCCGUCCAUGGAUGACAGAAGUGCUUCAUCUGCUUGUUGAUGUGUAUUUUCGUUUAAAUGUUUUAUAUGUUUGCAAGUACAUUUAACAAACCGUGAGGCAGCGUCGGUUUCUGAAUUGGCAGUUCAUCUCUAUCGUGCUCGUCAGUUGACUUGAAACCAUUAAGGAGCCAUGUCUGGGCCAAAUGUCUGGAGUCGCACUCGAGAGAAAAUUAGACAUUUCCCCGAACUUUUUGCACAGUGUGCAGGAGAGGCAGCAGGGUAUGGGAAGUGUGUUGCAGCUACCACAACAGGCAGACAGGAGCUGAGGAAGGACCUGUGCGCCAAGGAAUUUGAAGCACUGAAGACCUGCUUUACAAAUGCAGUACGUGAUAAGGCCAAGAAAAGAGCCAAAUGAAAGAAAACUGUCAUGGCUCUGUUGGAGCGGACCUACCUGGACCGUCAAAUCAGCUGUUCAUUGCUGAGAGAGAAGACAUGAAGUUUCAAGUGUUGAUUGACUUGUAGUGCUGAACGAAUAUUAGUUUAUCUUGAUGAUAACAUAGCCCUUCUUCUACUUGGCACUGUGAAUGAACUGAAUGUGUUUGGUGUGUUUAAAAUUCACAGACACCUUUUCAUGACUUUGUUUAAUAUGCAAGACUGAUACAGUUCUGUAAUAUACAGAGGCGAAUAAAACAUUGCUGAUAGUCA